AUGUCUAAGAAACGAGGUCUUUCUUUGGAAGAGAAGCGCGAGAAAAUUCUUCAGAUAUUUUAUGAUUCACAAGACUUCUUCCUACUAAAGGAACUUGAGAAGUUGGGCCCCAAGAAAGGUGUAAUUAGCCAGUCUGUGAAAGAUGUUGUCCAGAGUUUAGUCGAUGAUGACCUUGUCUCUAAAGACAAGAUCGGAACUUCUGUCUACUUUUGGAGUCUUCCUAGCUGUGCUGGAAAUCAGCUGAGGAAUGUGUACCGCAAACUUGAUUCCGAUCUGCAAAGCAGUAAGAAGCGGUAUGCAGAACUUGUUGAUCAGUGUGGUGCAUUAAAGAAAGGACGUGAGGAAUCUGAUGAACGAGAGGAGGCUUUGGCCGUCCUGAAAACCAUUGAAAUGAAGCAUAAUGAACUGAAGGAGGAGAUGGGGAAGUACGCAGACAAUGAUCCUGCUGCCUUUGAAGCAAUGAUUUCAUCAUCCUUCAGACAUAUUGAUAGUUUUAAUUCCAAAAUUGCAGAGAAAGCUAUUGAAGUCGCUCAUGUGGCAGCAAACAGAUGGACAGAUAACAUUUUCACAUUGCGACAAUGGUGUUCAAACAAUUUCCCUCAGGCCAAAGAGCAGCUCGAAAAUAUGUAUCAGGAGGUCCAAUCAGUCCUUGGUGUAACCCUAUCAUUUGACAGUCAUGCAAUCAUAGUUUCCAAUGGAAUUUGUUUGUCUAAUUUUCUGGUCUCAGUUGUACAUAAAGAGAGUACUUUGAUUGUGUCAAUAGAGCCUGUUUAUCAGGCUGGAAUAACAGAUGAUUUUGACUACUUGGAGCUUUUACCAGUUAUUCCACUCGACUCUGUUACCGAUCAGAUGCCAGAAGGCAAUCCUUGA